AUUUGAAUUUUGAAUUUUCUUCACGGUGUGAGAGAUGGAGUUCAGUAUUAGCGGCAAUGCUCUCAAGACCUUCGCUAGGUCCAUAAUCUGCCUCGCACGCGUCGGCAACGAGCUCGUCGUCCAAGCUUCUCAGACACAGCUGGGAUUGCACACUUUAAAUGCUUCACGUUCUGCCUAUCAGUCUAUUACAUUUCAGUCAAGUUUCUUUGAUGCUUAUACUGUUUCUGGUCCUCAAGCUCAUUUCAGUGUUCUUUUGAAGGCCGUUUGUUCUGUUCUUAGGACCCCUGUCGCGAGCAUUGAUCAUAUGAGUGUGCAGUUGCCAGAUCAUGACGCAUCAAAGGUCAAAUGGGCAUUGGAAUGUUACAGUGGUAUGAAGAAAACAUAUUGGAUUACUUGCAAUGUGGAACCAGAUAUACAGCAUCUGUCGCUUGAUAGGGGUAGAUUUCCGAGUAGUAUGGUUGUGCAUCCUCGGAAUCUGAGCAAGCUGCUUGGAAACUUCCAAUCAUCGCUCCAAGAGAUUACAAUAAUUGCUACAGACCAAACUUCUUUUCCAUCUGAUGCUGCAAGUGAGAUAGGUGGAAAAGCUGUUGAAUUUCGGAGCUAUGUGGAUCCGACCAAAGAUGGUGACUCUUUAUUACAUACUCAGCUAUGGAUAGAUCCAUCAGAAGAAUUUUUGCAGUAUACUCACGCAGGUGAUCCUAUUGACAUCACAUUUUCCUUGAAGGAACUAAAGGCAUUUCUUUCAUUUUGUGAGGGCUGUGAAGCCGACAUUCAUCUUUUUUUCGAAAAAGCUGGCGAGCCAAUACUGAUGGCUCCAAAAUUUGGCUUGGGUGAUGGGUCAAGCUCAAGUUUUGAUGCCACACUCGUUCUUGCGACAAUGCUUGUAUCUCAGCUUCAGGAAGGAGUUAUGCCAGAACCUCCAGUAGCAGCGAACUCCACAGAUGGCCAUGCUGCCGAGCAGGUAGGAUCAGAGCCUCAAGAACGGUCUAGGCAGAGCGCCUCCGAGCACCCAUCCGAUCACACACGAGUUUGGUCUGAACUUUCAGCAGGAACUGCCACUAAGAGCGUUAACGGUUCUGAGGAGAGGCCGCAGGCUCAGGGACAACCAGAUGUGAAUAUCCAAAGAAUUAGAGAUAUGGAAAUAUCAAAAGGUGGACCAGCUGGAGACAAUGCUCCUGGACCUUCUAACUCCCAACGUCCAACACAGAUGGAUCACGCCGAAGGAUCCCGAGUACGGGUUGAGAACAACCAAAGCUUCUCCCAGCGUCAUCCUAGUAAUUGGGUAGAUGCAAGUGAGGAUGAAGAUGAAGACGAUGGUGUUGACGCGACCCCACCUCAUAAUGAAGAUUAUUAACUCAAGUCCUUUAGGGUAAGAUGUCUCUCUCUAUCUUAAAUAUAAGGAAAAGUUGUUCAGUAUAUGCAUAUAUGCCUAGUGUUAGGUGCUUCAUCCACUAAAAUCAAAAUUGAUCCUUUUUUUGGCAUAACUUCUGGAUCG